UCUGUGUAUGAUAACUUGUUUGAGAAAUAUUGCAUGACAGUUUGUAUUCUACCCUUACCUAUAAUUUCGUCUUUCUCAUUUGACAUAGAACAUUUCCAUUGUGUGUCAGAUCAUCAAAGAACGUAGACAGGGCUUCUAAAGGAAUGGUGCAUUACAAGUGUAAAGUUUAAAUACUACUUUGACUGAAAUACUUGCUGAUUCAUGGGUUUCACUGCAUUCUGGAUUUUUACGUAUAUAUUACUGGCAACUGUGUCAACCCUUGACGUGAUCCAAUAUCCAGAUGAGCAAACCCAGUCAGCUGGGAGCACAGCACAGCUGAACUGCAGUGUAGAAAAUGUCCAUAAUAAAAUUAAUGUGGUUUAUUGGUACAGACAAGGAGAAGAUGGUAGUUGGAACUUUUUGUAUCAAGUCUACAAAGGAGGUAACACUGAAGGAAGAUAUUCUGGUGGAGUGAAUGAACAAGAAACUGCCUUUUACCUUCAGAUUGAAAAUACCAAAAGGAAUGAUUCUGCUGUUUACUACUGUGCAGUAAAGCAGGAUAAUAUCUUCUUAUUUGGAAAUGGUUCUACACUAAUUAUUACAGAUGAUGUGGCAGGAUCUCCCAGUCUUCUUAUUUUGACACCCACACAGCAGGAGACAAACUCUGAUGACACAAUCACGUUACUCUGUCUGGUGACUGAUACUUCCUCUCAGUGGAGUCCCAUUCAGUGGAAUAUUUCAGGAGAAACCAUGGAAUCACUUGAAGAUGCUGGAGUGUUUGACAAAGCUGGGUCCUUCAGUAUCGGAAGUCAAGUUUCCAUUCCACUGCAGACAUGGAACAGCCCUGCUACCUUCUUUUGUCAAGUAAGAUCUAUUCAUAAUGGAGGACCAGAGGAAAAGAUAUUAAGUGACACAGGGCUAGUCCAAAAACAUCACUGUAUGAUGGAGUUAUACUUCAGGCUGCCAGGACUUGUUGUGUAUUUAAUUAUAAUAACAGCAUGCACUGUCCUUUCUGAAAAAUAGUUCUAGAGG